AUUGACUUCCUUCAUCAGUCGUGUGUCAUCACAACAAACACUGGAUGGAGGAGUCGCUACAAACAGGCCCGUCCUGUGAUCUUGAGAUGGGGAUGUGUUCCCUUUGCAUCUACCGCCCUCCCGUUUGUUUUCCCCACCCCUUUCAGUUCCUCCUAUAAACUUUGUAGCGUGUCCCGAGAGCCUGUGUUUCGACAUCCAACAUUUUCCUGCUGGUUCACACUUUUCCUUAUAUUUGAAAAGGACUGCUUCUUUCUUUGGCUGCCAUUUAACGGCACCACAAGAACGCCACAACACCACCAUCUCCAUCCGUCUUUGUUCCACUAGUCUGCAGUCUUUACAUCAGGAUGGAGAAGGUGCAGCACAUGACGCGGUCAGCGAUUCGGAGGGCGUCCAACAUCGAAGUGAACCCGCAGACCAAGCGCAAUCUACAAGAUCUCAUCAUCAACUUCUCCCUCAUCCUCAUCUGCCUGCUGCUCAUCUACAUUAUCGUCUUGCUCAUGUGACACCAAAAGAUGACAACCGGCCAAUCACAAGAUGAGCUGUUCAAGAUCUUGGACGAUUUUAAGGAAAUGAAAAUGUCCUACCAAUGACGAUGUCAAUUUCCUGAUGAUAUGAGGGCACUGUUCUUUCUUUUUUUCAUUUAUGUUUGUUGCAUUCUUCCUAAAACAAUAAGCAUAUAUUUUCCCAAUAAAAAAUUAGGUUCAGAUUCAUGUUUUGUAUAUGAAUGUAGACCUCCCAUAAGGAAGCAGUCAUCUGAACUGUUCAAAAAGACACAAAGAAUUAACAUCAAAAUGGCUGUAAUUACAGGCUAAAGUUGUUCCCAAUGGUGGGCUACAAGAGGAUAGCAAUUCCUCAGUCAUUUAUGUAAAUAUCCCCAUAAAAAAACUACAUUUUUGUAAUUGUUGUGUUGAAAUGCAAAAUUUAUAGGUCAGUCCCAGAAAUCAUAUAUUAUUCACAAGCAGAGGUCACCGAGGUGAAUUACACUUAAACGCUCUGUCUGUUUACACUUCCUGUAAACAUGAUCUGGGAGAGAGAGAGAAAAUGGGGAAUUUUAAGGAUGUUUUUAAA